GAGAGAGAGAGAGAGAGUAAUAGGAUGUUCGACUUUCUCCGUUUGUAGAUUUGGAUAACCUAUUGUUGCUGUUGUUAUUGUUGUUGUUGUUGCUAUGAGGAGGUUGAGUGUGCGGGAACAGACAGGCGAAGGAAUUGAUAGUUGUGGGGACGUGGGGCGAAGUGGGAUGUAGAUCAUGUGUCGGGGGGCGUUUCUGUGUGACACACACACACACACACACACACACACACACACACACACACACACACACACACACACACACACAAUGGUGUUGUUUCAUGUCGUUACUCGCACAGAGAUUCCCACCGCGCUUGGAAGACAUACCCGUGCCCGUGUCGUUGUGAGCGUGAGUGGUGAGUGUUCGGGCAGGAGGCGCUGCCAGGCGGUGAUGGUGCAGGGCUGGCUACCUCAUGGAGGCGGUGGACUCCCUGGCGGCACGGGCUCGCGGGGCCCUCACUACUGCCUUCUCCUUCCGUAAGUCUUCAAGAGACAAGGGCGCGGCGGCGGCACCCGUGCAGGAGCAGGCCGUGACUCACCUGCGGCCCCCGAGGCCUCACAGCGGCAGGCGCCACGCGCCCCACUCUGACUUUAUCCCUGCACGUGAGCUGACUCGGCCGCGGCCUCGCCAGGAAGGCGGCAUCCGCGGCUUGCAUGAGGGCGUGCAGAGGUACCAGUACUUGCCGCCCAACCCUCACACGGUGGGUGUUCCCGUGCCUGAGUUGCACCACCCACACCCACACUCGCGCCACGGCCACCAUCCCUCGCACCAAGCCCCGCUGGCCACACGCGCCCUUCCCACCAUCGUGCUGCCCCCUGCCAACCUGGCGGCCCCCAAAGAGGCCUCGCGCCUCGAGAGACGCCGCAGCUCCCUGGGCGAACCACUGCAUGAACGGCCGCUGCCCCUGCACCUGAGGGAAGGGCGCCGUCCCAGCCUGGACCCUAACGUGCUGCUCAAUACACAGCCCUACCCAGAGGACCGCCGCGGCCAGUAUGUGACUGCCGGGCGCGGCUGCCGGCCUGCCCAUCCCAAGAGGUUCACGCCCGCCGCCAAGACUGGUGGCCGCCGCCGCAGCGCCUCGCCGCCCCCCGCCACGCGUCGCCGCCAGGAGACAGACAGGCGGCGGCCCAAGAACGGCCAGUUCGUGUCCGCCAGGAAGAAUCCUGCACCCUCCGCGGCGCCCGGCAAGCCUGCGUCAGGCGUGUGGACCAUCCAGAUACACCCGCCCACUCCUGACUCCACGCCCGUGCCUUCCCACGCCACCACACCCACUCCAGCCACUGCCACUUGCUCUACCACCGCCUCCCCGGGCCGCUUGCACACCGCGGUGCUGCGCCUGGCCCGGUGGCGUCUGCACAUGAAGCAGACCGCUGCCACACACUGGGCUGCCGUCAAGAAGGACGCUCCCACCGUGGAGGAGGUGAUGGAGGCGCUCGGCCAGGCACAGGUGAUCGCCUUAGUGUGCGGCAUCAUCACAGCCUUCCUGAUGGUGCUGGCCCUCGCGUCCUCCGAUUGGCUGUUGGCGGUGGGCUGGCGGCAGGGCCUCUUUGAGCACUGCGUGGAGCAAGGCGCGCCCAAACCCCUGCCUUUCCAAAUCAACGCGGAACCGGGAUGUCACCCAGCACGAGACGAACCCUACAUCAUGGCCAGCGCUGCCCUGUGUGUCAUCUGUCUGCUGCUGGACUUCUUUGCCACCAUCAUGACAGGCCUCGGUCUGAGCAACAACGACCCUUCUGUCAAAACACGUUACUACAGGAUUGCCGUCUGGGUGAUGACUCUUGCUUUGAUUGCCAUCCUUGUAGCACUCAUCCUGUAUCCAGUUUUCUUCGCGCAGGAGCUGGAACUUGGAAACCGGACCCUGUGGGAGUUCGGGUGGGCUUACGGCGUUGGCUGGGGUGCUGCCAUCUUCCUGUUCGGUGCCGUGGUGCUGCUGCUGUGCGACCAAGAGGAGGAGGAGAUCUAUUACAAGGAGAGGACCAUCAUUCAUGCAGAGAACGACUCCAGGGCCUAAGUGACCCAGACAUUGGCAUGAAGCAGAGGCCUUGCAGCUCCCCAGUGUCAAGAGCAGCCCAUGGUGACCGCCUGUCCCUCACUCCUCAGAGGCUGGAAGAGUGGAUGCAGCAUGAAAGAGUCGAGUGUGUGGCGUGAGUGAGGUGAAAGAAGUGUUCUCUCCUGUCCAUUCACUAUUAGUAAUGCUUCCUUACAGCCACCAGUACUGUACUUAUGAAUGGAGGCCACGAGUGUGUGAAAACGUGAGGCAAGGCACGGAGGAAAGUGAAGAGACAAAGAGGAAAUAAUUCACGAACUCACAUAUCGGCUUGUGUCCAGCGCACGAGUGACGACACAGUUUACGUAGCGAAUGUGGAAGCUGAGCAGUGCAGGACGUGGCAUUGCAAGGGCACCGUCUUGUGUCUUCUAGAGAAUGUCUUGCUUCCUGGGCCUCCAUCCUGCCACCCCCAUUGCUUCUCCUGACCCUCAGUGGUCCCGGCAUUACUCCUGUGUAGUGUUCUGUCUACACAGCAAGUGUGUAUGUGUGUGUGUGACGCUGCUGUUGUCUGAUUCUGUGUUGACGAGAGACAGAUUGUGGUGUUGACAUGUAUCUGUGUUACUUUGGUGUGUCAUGCCUGCAAGGUUCAAUUGGUCUGCUCUUAUUUCUUGUGUUCUUUUGUGUCCAUGCUGCAGUUCUGUUUGACAAGAGCCAUAUUUGCUGCCAUGAGAUUUUGACCACGAGGAACUUUUGUCAGUUCCUCGUCUUCCUCCUGUUCAUGUUUUUUAUUUUUUUUUUUUUUAUUUUUUUUUUUUUUUAUUUUAUUUUUUUUUUUUCCAGUUCAAUUUUCUGUUGUGAAAUAUGAGUUGCUUCACCAGUUGCCCAUGACCAAAAAAAACCUUCACUAAUUCUCUUCUUCUCUACAUUCUUGCAUUAUUUCCUUUAAUCACAAAAUAAUCUUUCCUUUCCUUCACAUUUUUAUUCAUUACUUUUUUUCUAUUGUGAGCUGUUUUUGAGUUGCUCCCAGUACAGAGUGACCUUGAGAAACCUUCACUGGCUCCCCUUCCUUCAUACUUCACUUUAUCCUUGUUGUUGUCAACCUCUCAUGAGUUGCUUCCAGCACUGACACCGACCACGCACCUCAACACAACCUCCAGACACAGGUUCCAGAGCACUGAGAAGGAAACUAGAAGGAAGAGAAGAAGACAAAUACAAGUAAGGAAAUGAGGAAAAGAAGAAAAGAAGAACGACAAGAUGAAUGCAAGCACAGAAAGAAAUGAGAAGAAAUAUAGAAGCACAGAAGGAAAUGAGAGAAAGAAGAGAAAGGAACACAAACACAGAACUGGGUUGGCAGGAGACAACCUGGGAGAAGCCUAAACAGAGUCACCACCCCAAUACGUAUAGAUAUUCUUACAUUUCGCUGGUGGUGUGUCGUCUGUGCCAGCUUAACUCUCUUAGUCAAUAAAUUUAGGUAAGACUAGAUUAAACGGUCUUAAAUAGUCAAGGGUUUUUACUCCAUAAUAAUAAUAAUAAUCAUAAUGCCUCUUAGCUCAUCUCACAAGGAAGUUAUCUCUCUUUCUCUUGGAUCCAGAAAGUUCGGAAUCCACAUAAUAUUACGGCAUUGUUUUGUGCCGAUGCCUCGACUCUCCAUAAUAAGAUGCAUAGAUAUCUAGGCCUUCUAUAAUGAUGAUGAUGAUGUGGAUUUGGGAAGAGAUAGAGCUCUUUUUUUUUUCUUAUUUUUAGAGAUUUUUAAUGAUUCUCUUCGCAUAGUUAUCAUUUUUUUACCUGUUUAGUUUUUAGUUACAAUUUGUUUCAUAGCGUUUCUGUGUUUUUCAUAUCCUCCUCCCAUCCUUGUGGCCAUUGCAGUUGUCUUUCAUUAGUCACACAAUCAUCACUCUUUGCAUAUCAUCAGUCGCUUAAUUUCCACUGUCAUUAGUAACACAACUUGAAUGAACAAAUUGUUAGUCACCACCACCACCACCACCACAUCCUCACCAUUGUCACCCUUCACCAUGCACUCUCACACAUCCACUCUCCUUUAGAACACACCUUUCCCUGUUUCUCAGUUAGAUUUUGCUUACUAUACUUCAUAUGCAUCAUUAAACACACACACUUACAUACACACUGACCCAUAACACUUCUACAUACGCAUGACUCCCAACACUGCUUUAAGGCCUUUUUUGUGUGCCAUUGCUUACUUUCCCUCUGAGCGAUCCCCAAGUCAGUAACUUUAAGCCCGGGUGCAGCUGAUAAGAUAAUAGAUACAAAAAACUUAUGCUCGCUAAUGCCACACGAUUUGCUUUCCUUACGUAGACAGAGCAGACCUUGGCGUGAUACUAAACAAAAGGCUGCUGGAAGUGACUAAUUCUAUGUAGGAGUUACUGAAGUUUAUCUGUAAUUUGGAGUGUUUAUUAUCCCUCCCACUUUUUUUUUUUUUUUUUUUUUUUUUUUUUUUUUUGCCUAACUGCUGCAUUAACUGGAGAUUUUUGAGAAUUUGUCCACGUUUUGUCUGUUGUGUUUUGACCCAUGGGGGGAAGGAGACGAGACAGGGAAGGUCAUGCGUGUAAUGUCUUGAGUGACAAUCAUGUUUCAUACUUGCACAAACUCCCUCUUUAGAUCAGUUCCUAGGCCAGUUUGUUGACAGCUUCACUUAGACUUUUAGAAAAAUUCAUCUCAAAUUUAGUUGGAGGAAGAAGAAACUACACACAUCAAUGUUGCAUAAUGUCUGGGAUAAAGGAAGGAGUGUGCUUUGAUGCCAUUACAUACAGGAUCAGGAUUAUCCAUAGAGGAUCAAGCUUGUUUGGUAAAGUGUUCACAUUUUAGUUUUGAUUCAAUGUACAGCAACUCUGGCCUGUUAUCCUCACCAUGGUAUAUGCACUAUUAUUACUUUGCCUUUUAACAAUAUUUUUAUCCUUUGUAUUAACAAGUGUACAGUAUGGUCAAAAGUUGUAUAACCUGCAGUCACUUACAUUGUUCUUAAGUGUUUAUCCUCAAUUCUAAAUCCUGUAAGUUGCUGAGGUUCUUUGAAUCAUCAGGUUUUGUAUGACAGUGAGUAGGUGAAAGGGGUGAAGACUGAAGGAAAGACACAAACCACAAUAGAAGUGAGUGCAGAAGGUUACAUGACUUCCGAACCAAACUGUACUUACCGAGGAGCACCGAAUCUAAAUGAGCUGCUCCAGUGGUGUUUAUAAACUGCUUCACACAUGGCAGGAGUUCCCAAGCUGUCCUGGUUCCUGCUGCGUCUGUGAAUUCUUUUACAGACAAAUGUUCCAACCGCUGUUGUGAUUUUUCAGCCGUUCGUUCAAUGCUUGCAGGUUCCCCUCCCUUGCUCUCUUGAUACUUGACACUCCUGUAGGUGAAGUAAGUCAGCGCCCCGCCAUAUCAGUGUGUCUGAGGCUUGUAGUUGCACCACAUUGUAUAUAGCGUGUCCUCUUUGAAUGAACUCUACUUCUCUUAGCAUAAAUUCAAGUGCCAGCGAUUGCAUGGGUGUCUGUGGUCCUCCAGGGAAGACGUCCAGGGUUGUGAGGGAUCUGAAGGACGCUUCCCCUCAAUGGUGAGAGUAUGAACCACGGCAACCCAGCAAAUUGUUUCACUCUUGGUCUGACCUGUCGUAAGAAAUUUUGAUAGCGUGUUAAGGGCUUAGAUUUCCAAGGUAAUAAUAAUAAUGAUGCUUUUAGUUGGAUGAAAGUUUUUAUACUAGACGAUUCUCUUACAAUGUAAGUAGAAUGUUUUAAGAGCAAAGCAUUACCGUGAAAGGUGUGAAUCGUAACAUUCGCGUCUUUUCUGCAUGCUCUCAUAUUCACAAAGUACUACUACUAUUAUACUGUGUACUGUGCAGCAUUAGUCCAUCAUGACAUUCACAGGGAGUAGUCAUAACAGAUCAGCAACACAUUGAAAUGGUAAUAGACAAGCAUGGACGUGACCCUGAGAAGACACCUUGCAGUCACCAAGAAGGCCGAGAGGUCAGGCCCAAGACUGCGGCCACAUGUCUGUGGCUUUGCUGAGGAACUAGUCAUGGUUUGUUGUGUAUUACUGCUGCUGAGGCUUGUCUGACCAGUGGCAGUAAAACCUGGGUUGGUGCAUCUUCGCCAACUCAAAGACAUGGAGCUGAGCUGACCCAUACUUACCCACUAACAGUUCUCUGGUGUGUGUGUGCGAGUGUGUGCGCGCGCGCGUGUGACCGCCACCCAUCGCCAUGUCAUUAGGUUACCAAAUGUAAGUGAUCAAUUCGUUCAAGAUACAGCAGCUGCAGAUGGAAAGAUAUUUUGUUUUUUUUAUUUAUUUUUUAUAUAUAGUAUUGUUUUUCUUUGUGCUGUCCUAUUACUGUAUUGUUUAGGGCAUUGUAUAUAGACAUUACCAAUGUGACAAUUGGGACUUUGUUUGUUGACAAGUGUGUAAAUGAUCAAGUUCCUGAUGGUGAUGGUGGCACCAUGCCCUGAGGAAGGACUGUAGGGGUCAUCAUUCUCUUCAUUUUUAAGUUGAUGUUACUGUUUUUUUUUUUUUUUUUUUUUUUUUAUGUAACAGUUUCAGUUGAGGAAUUCCCACUAAACACAAACGUAUCCCUCGUUAUGCCCCCAAAGUGCACCACCUCCUGAAGGCUGAAACAUUCAAUCUGUACCGAGAGCCAGUCAUUAAAUCAAGGCUCAUGUUGUCUAAUAUUUCAGUAUCUUCUCUUGACGACUUCCAACUGUACCCAAGAAAUUAAGGUUUUCAAGAAUGUGUUCAUAAUUCUAGUGAUAGUUUAGCAAGGAGUUUGGAUCAUUCAUGCAUAAAAAAAAACCAUGAAAACUCAAACAAUCUAUAACACUCUUAAGUGAACAACCCAACUCACUCACAACUUGAAAAUUAUCAUAGUGAAAGACCAAAGUGUUUAAUGCAUAGUGAAUCAUAAUGGCCGUUCUUACUGCAACAGGAAGGACAUGGUUGCCUUGUCCUCUCUGCCAGAGUGUUGCUGGCCUCUUCAAUCCCCAAAAGCUGUGAGGCUCAUAGGAACACAGUCCUCUGGUGUCUAUUUGUGGAGGUUAUAGGAGAUCCAUGUUAAAGAGUGUGUGCAUGGUUGGUGUGCACGGUUACCCCAGAAUCCUCAUUAUGUUUAAGGGAUGAAACUGUACUGAACUGUGACUUGUGUUAAAAUCAAUAUAUUGGAAGCACUUUGCUGGCACACCUUACUCCUGCUGCUCCUCCUCACUAACUACUCUUAGUAUUAUGGCUUGUUUCAAUUUAGCAUAAAAUUUCAAGUUUAUUUGCUUGUUCCUGUCUCUCAAAUCAUGCUCUUUACAAUUACAAGGUGAAUGUUUUAGCCACAUUAAUCUUCUGACUGCUAAUGAUAAUUUAACAGCUGUUCUUUUGAGCAACGUUGAGUGAAUUUAGUGAUUCAAGAAUAAAAUACAAAAAAUAAAGGGUUUAACUUACUCAAUUGCUCCUUUGUGUUGCCUCAUCUUUCAAAGCUAAUCUGAGUCUGAAGGAGCUGCAGCAGUCUGAGGGUUAAGCAGUGGGCUGAUGGGGUGAGGCAGGACGGGGGAGGCUGAGGUGAUGCUGGUGGGGACAACCUUCCACCAUGAGGGUCAGUGGUACAUUUCUUCCGUGUGUUGGGCGCCGCCAGGUCGUCCCUUCAUAGCAAUAAUGAGCGCUUGGCUUCACAGGAGUAAAUAGUUGGUCUGUUUUCAAUCCAAAAUUAAAGCUGUAAGUUCUAUGAAGUUGCCGGAUUGUUUCAGUGGUAUGUAAAUUUUAGAUUUUAUGUAAAAAUACAAAGUCUUUAAUAUAUUAUUGAUAUACU